AUGCCUCCUUCUCUCAACACCCACCCUUCGUUUACGCGCCCCCGAACUGGCGACCGUGAUGGCCGGCCCAGCACCCGCGACCAGGCCGGCGCCGAAUCUGCCAUGAUGAUACCGAGCCGUACCUCAUCGCUCCAUUCCCGCAUCACCCAGCCAAUUCCCUCCACCUUGACCCAGAAGCCCCAGCAGCGAACCCCAAAGACGCUCACUCAUGCCUACAUGGUCUGCGGUGUCGGCCGAGAGCCCUCUCAAUGGGUCAAGGCUCCCACUCCCGCCCAGGGCAAAAUCACCCACAUGAAGGGCGCUGUUGGACAGUUCUGGCUUCCCGAGAUCCUAGGCAGCAGCCCCCGUCUUGAGCAGGACAACGAGAUUGCGCGGGCUCUGCACGCCUCUAUGAGGGCUUGCUUCCCUCACGAUGUUGAAAUCUGUACUGGCCGGAACCAACCCCACUGCACUCACCACUCUUUCGUCCUCCAGCAGGACUCUUCUCAUACGCUCUAUGGCAUUUGCCUGCGCGUCUGGUCGCGGGCCGAUGAGAAGAGGGCCGAGACCAUCCGUGACUUGAGGAAGAGGACCGAAAACGACUACUAUGACAACCCGGAGGAGACGUACUGGAUUCCCUACUGCCUGUCUUUCCUGUCCCGCUACCCUCUGUACAACCUUCUAGGCGAUUACCUGCGUGGCAUGUGGAUUCACUGGAACAAGGCUACUAACCUGUUCCACGCUGAGGAAGUUUCUCGUAUCCUGAGCUUCCCGGCCCCGAGGCUGAACGAUCUUGUUCGCAUCGACAUGAAGGACUAUGCCCUCUGCUACCAGUUCCCCUCAUCCCCUACCGGAUUCCAGAACUUUGCCAUGUGGCCCCUUUUCAACUGCUUGUCCAUCCCUAACAUUGUUGGCGUCAUUGAAGCUGCCAUCUCUCCCACUCGCCGUAUCAUCUUUGUCAGUCAUUAUCCGGCUAUGCUCACAAUCGCCUCGGAGACUGUGAGAUACUGCGUGCGAGUAUUUGAAUGGAGCGGCCUGUAUGUUCCCGUGGUUCACGCCCGCCAUGCCAAGGAGCUCGUCCAAGAGCCUGGUCCUUACAUCUUGGGUGUGACCGCUGAGUGCCGGUCCCUUUUCACGGCUCCCACUGAUGCCUUGGUUAUCGACUUGGAUCGCAACUUUGUCCUCACAUCCAGCCCUCCUACUGCUCUGACUCCUGGUCAGCGCAACAAAUUUGUCUCCCGUUUGACCCAAGCCCUCAAUGGCGAUGUCACUCCCUCCGGCGUUCCCCAGCACCUUCGCUCUGCCUAUGGCGGUGGCAAGCUUGUGCCCGCCGGUCAGAUCAUUGUCAUGCGCGGUGAGGUUGAGUCCAUCCAGGAUCCCGAGUGGUGGAACCAGGAUGCCAUCAUGGCUGUCAUGGACCAUGUGUGCGAGAAGAUGGGUCGCAACUCAGGCAUCAAGGCUGUCUUUGGUGGCUCCGUCAAGAAGCCUCUCAUGACCAAGGUGUCAAUGAGACACCUUAACGAGAUUGUCCGCGAGAGGAACCAGUACUCUCGAGACGCUCUUGAGGCAUGGCAGGAUUUCAUCAACUUGAAGGGUCGCAUGGACACCGAGCUUGGCAAGGUCACCAAGCGGAAUAACUACCUCGUGGAGGAGCUGGAAAGCUGGAAGCAGCAGUUCCUCAAGUUCCAGGCCUUUGCCGAGCAGCUCACCAAGGAGACCCAGGACCUCAAGGUUAAGAUUGAGGGCCACAAGCGAGAGAACCGUCGCCUUGCUGCUCUCAUUGAGCAGCAGAAGGACGACAACGGCCGCCUCACCACUCGCCUCUCUGGCACUGAGAAGCAGCGCGAUGAUGCCCUCGAGGCCCUUGUUUUGCAGCAGGAGAUCGCAGAAGAACUCGAGCGUGAGCGCAAGAGGAACAAGAAGGAGCUUGCUCAGCUCCACCACACCAAUGCCACCAUCAUGCGCCAGCGUGACGAGGCUCGCCGCGUCGUUCUGCACCUGCGCAGCUUGAUUGGUGGCCAGAGCCACCACAUGGAGCAUCUCAUCCAGUCUCUCACCAAGCCGGAUGAGCUCAUCCGCGAGGUCGAGGCUGGCUAUGAAUCCGACGAAGUCGAGGGUGGCUCUGAUGCCCAUGCUCUGCGACCAUCUCGCAGCAGCAACCGGCUCUCCGCCUCCAGCUUCGCCGACAUGGCCGAUCGCCACCUGAAGGAUAAGACCGACGCCAUCGCCCACAUCGUUCGCAACAUUGCGGACCAAUGCCAAGCUGCCGUUGACGGCCUGCAGCUUGCCCAGGAUGCCGAAUCUCGAGCCAGCACACGUGCUAGCCGCCGCCACAGCAGCCUAUCGACUGCUCAUAGUGAUGAUGGUGAGGACGCCCGCUCUACCGCCACCUCGGACGCUGGCGAGGGGAGUUCUCGCUUACAACCAACUGCCGGGAGGCCUAGCUCUAUACCACCAACGCCGGAUCUCAUCCCCAACCGCAGUAGCACUGCACUAUCGUUUGCGUCAACCGCCACAACGCCAGAGCGCGCCAGUCAACAGUACUCUAUUCGAGACGAGAUACCAACCAAGAUUGUCGAGGACGAUGAAGAGGACUUCGAUGACGGCCGAAGUGAUCAGGUCGGAGUCUCCAGCGACCACGGACUCGUCUCGAAGCAGUCGCAGUCUCUUCUCCACCGAUCUUCUGGAGCAAGAAUCAGCGCUUUCGGCAGUCUCCGAUGA